UCAGACUUCCUCCGAAAGCAGAGCUACCUACGUACCGAGCGUACCUACCUAAUACUUAUUUACAUCUACCAAGGUAUCAACCGCGAAAAGAGGCUCAAAGUCUUUCAAGAUAUCUUUCAAAUAUCAUCGUAUUAAAACAAAGCACUCGCGAUAAUAAUCUGCGAUUUUGGAGAUACAUCUUAGCGUUCAAGAAACACAAUCAACAGCCCUCAUCUCAGUAUCAAACCGGAUUUGUGACGUAUGGCAGACUCAACCACAUCGGCUCCAAAGCCAAGUUCCAGCGUCAAGUUGGUUCUUCUCGGUGAGGCGGCCGUUGGAAAGGUAUGUAGAGAUUUGGAAUACAUAUAUUAUGGCUAUAUUAUGGGUCAUCAUGUUGACUUUUGUUUAGUCUUCCCUUGUAUUACGAUUCGUGAACAAUGAUUUUCAGGAAAACAAGGAACCUACCAUUGGAGGUAUGUAUAUCUUCAUCUGUAUUACCCCAGAUCUAUACGGACCUUACUAAUAGUCAUUGGCGCAGCUGCUUUUUUGACGCAGAAAUGUAACUUACCAACAAGAACGAUCAAAUUCGAGAUUUGGGACACAGCCGGACAAGAACGUUUCGCUUCUCUUGCUCCUAUGUACUAUAGAAAUGCCCAAUCCGCUCUUGUCGUUUAUGAUCUCACAAAACCUACAUCACUAAUCAAAGCAAAGCAUUGGGUUGCGGAGCUUCAAAGACAAGCAUCGCCGGGUAUCGUGAUCGCGCUUGUAGGCAACAAGCUUGAUCUAACAAAUGAAUCCGACGAUUCGAGUAAUAACUUGGGAGAUGAGGAAUCAGCCGAAGGCGAGGAUUUAGGUGGAGAUGCGCGAAAGGUAUCAACUGCAGAGGCUAAAUCAUAUGCCGAGGAAGAGGGAUUAUUGUUCUUCGAGACUUCUGCGAAGCUUGGCACAAAUGUGACGGAGGUCUUCACGGCAAUCGCAAAUGCCAUCCCAGAGACAUCUUUGAAGGGUGCCAGAGGACCUGGGGGUGUACAAGCAAGUUCAGCAAGAGGGGAAGAUCAGUCUAGGGUCAAUUUGACAGGACCAAGAGAUAAUGCUUCGAAGGAGGGUUGUGCUUGUUAAUACAUCAGUCUCAUUUUCACGGGAUUUAUUCCAAUUUUCCCUUUCUUCGCAAUCGUUCCGGUCUCUGGGGUUCUAGGAGGUUAUUUUUGAUAUCGUUAGCUGUUUGUUAUGGAUACGAACAGAACAGUAGGUAGUAACAUGAAGCGAUUCGGGGCUGAGGGGUCAAGAAUAGUAUUUCGAUUUUCGGAAGUUUUUUCAUGGAAGAAUAUGGCUCAGCUUGUAACAGAAAUAUGUCACCAAUGAUCAAUAAAGAUGUUCCAGAUC